GUGCCCGCAGAGGCCCUCGGCAGCCUCCAGCCUCCUGUCCCCGUCGCACCUGCCAUCCACAGCAGGGGGCAGUGGGUGACGCUGCCGGCACCCCUGGACACCGUCAACCUCCACCUCCGGGCUGGGCACAUCGUCCCCCUGCAGGGCCCUGGCCUCACAACCACGGAGUCCCGGAAGCAGCCCAUGGCGCUGCUCGCAGCCCUGACCGCGAGCGGGGAGGCCCGAGGGGAGCUGUUCUGGGACGACGGGGAGAGCCUGGGGGCCCUGGAGCACGGUGCCUACACGCACGUCGUCUUCCUGGCCAAGAAUAACACCGUCACGAAUGAGCUGGUGCAUGUGGCCAGCGAGGGGGCCAGCCUGCAGCUGAGGAAGGUCACCGUCCUGGGGGUGGCCGCCGCCCCCACGCAGGUCCUCUCCGAUGGCGUUCCUGUCUCCAACUUCACCUACAGCCCUGACACCCAGGCAAGG